GCCAGAUCAGCAUAUAUACAAAUGAUAAGUGAAAAAGAAAGAUAUGGAUUUGGAUGUUUUGCUCGAACAAUCACCGCAAAACAACAACCAGGAUCAAAACCAAAGCUUUUCUAUUCAUUGGAAAGCAGUCAUCCGACCAACACACAUCAAAAAUCAGCCCAUCAUUUGGUCUCUAAAAGUCCGCAACUUUCUAUUGUUAUGCCAGGUACAACUGAAUAUAGGGAGGAUAUGCAAGUGCAAGUGCAUUCGAUACAGCGUGAGAGUUUCACGCAGAAAUUCUUACGUUCGUUACGUAAAGUUUCACGCAAUUAA